UCUGUUUUUUUUUCUCUUGCCUCUUGCCCAGCCGCGUUCCGGAUUCCUGUUUUGUGCGGUUCUUGUGUUAGUACGAAUGGAAAAACACACGGGGGAAAAAUGGCUGAUGCGAAAAGAUCAACAAUAACGGCGAACAAUAGUAGUGGCAGCGGCGGCGGUAGCAGCAGUAGCAACAGUGGCACUACCAGCAAAUCUCGCAAAUCCAAAAACGAUCUGAUUCGCAGCCUCGUCGGAACGUAUCUGAAAGCGCGCAACUACAGUGUUACCGAUCGUUACCGCAAAUCGGAUCUCAUCCUCACGCAAUCAACUGAGCAAAUUGUGAUGAACACUGCCAUCAAAAACGACACAUCGAUGGUGAACAGUUUUCUGUACUCCAACAUCUGCCUAAACUCAAACCUAGCCCAAGUUGAUCAACAUUUUGCCAAAUUUGCGAAGUUUGUACGAAACCAGCCGGAGCCGAUUCGUACGGAAUUGAACGAGAUUAUCCCACCGCUGCUAUGUCACCUGUACAUCGAGAUGCUGAAGGGUCGCGACUGGCGACCGGCGAUUGAGUUCCUGCGCAAACAUGCACCGCUGGUGGGCAAGGUGGAACCGACUGCGGCUGGUCCUGCCGGCACAUCGCCGUUGCUGCUGCUGAACCAGCAGAAAAUGAACGGCAUCAUUGACAGUUUGCCGCUGGGAGCGGAUCUGAGUUCGGUGGUUAUGCCUAGCGCUGCCAUCGUGUUUUCCCCCGGACGGUCUUCCGAUUCGGCGCGUACCGAAACGUAUCGAAGGUUGAUCCAUAAGCUGUCGCAAAUUAGCCGGUUUCAGGACUGCGAAAGUGAACCGCUGUUCGUGCAGUUCCGGUCCUGUCAAACGCAGUUACGCUUUCGCACCGCGUCCAUCGCUGCCAUGCGCCAAUACCUAGCAAAGCACGGCCAUUCUCUUAUUCUGCAAACGUUGCGCACGUGGUUCUACUUCGAUACGACUGACGAUAAGAACUUUGAGGAUUAUCGGCCGGACAGUUCGGGUGGCGAACCGUUGGACCACCCCCCGAUCGGACGAUCACAACCCACGGUUCGAUCAAACUCCUCGAACGGGCAGCUAAACGGAAGCAGCAGCAUGCCGAUGGAUUUGGACGAUGGGAUGGUAGGAGCUGCUAGGCGAUCGGAACCGCCGGAGUACGAUUUCACCGAGCACACGGAGCGCGAGAAUGAGCGCUAUCUCCUGCUGAACGGCUUUAACGCACGCUAUUUGCGGUACAAAAUGCUUGACGCAGAGAACGGAACUUCCUCGAACGAUCGGUUCGGCGGUUCGGUGCUGCUUGCCGGAGACGAUGAUGAGGAGGAGUACGGGAAUUGCAUAAAGGAUCCGCAAGCUUCCGUUAGCGGAAUUUCGGAACAGCAGCAGCAACAAAACGAAUCGGUCACCGGUAGCAUCGGUAUGGAUGGAAUGUUCGCGCGAAUCGACAGCCAGGAACGGUUGCGACGGUUGAAGGAAAGCGCGGAAAAGCUGUCCAUCUAUCAGCGGCCACUGUGUGUGUACAGCUUAGAAAACGUUGGCCAACAGCUGACCAGCAUGGCCAUCGAUCCCGGGUGCUGCCAUGUCGCGAGCGGUUUCGAAGACUCAACCAUCAUGCUUUGGUCAACCAACCGCAGCACCCAGAUGGGCCGGAAACCGUACGCUAGCUUUCGCGAUCGGCAAUGUUGUUGGAACGUGACCACCUGUGAUAGUAGAUUUAGUGAAUCGGACGAUUCCGAUGAUGAUGAGUACGCGGAGGAGGUUGUCGGCAGCAGCAGCAGCGGUAGAGACGAAUCGGAGCAUCGGAUAGGUUCGGGCGCGGAUAGACAGCGCGACGGAACGUCCCUGCUGGAUGAUGGCGUCGAUAGUAUGUUCGAUUUGCGCGGAUCGGCAAACAUCGAACGGAUGAACAGGUUGCUUCCGCCGCAUAAGCGGCGCCUUACGAAACGGGAACGAUGGAAGCAAUUUCUUGAAAAUCGAUGCCUGGAAAACACUUUCUCCGAAACCGGUGGAUUGUGUUUGCGCGGGCACGGUAACGCCGUGACGGAUCUGCUCUUUUCCGAGUACAGUCCGCUGCUGGUAAGCGUUUCACGAGACUGCACCAUGCGUGCUUGGAUGGGCAGUGACUACACGUGCCGGGCGAUCUAUCGCGGCCACAAUCAUCCGAUCUGGUGCGUGGCGGAAAGUCCCACCGGACUGUACUUUGCGACGGGAUCGCGCGACACGACGGCUCGCCUGUGGUCCACCGAUCGCCGCUUUCCGUUGCAAAUGUAUGUAGGCCAUACGCAGGACGUCGACACGAUAGCUUUCCAUCCGAAUGGGAACUAUUUGGCGACCGGAUCUACCGACCUGUCGGUGCGGCUUUGGUGUGUUACCACCGGGAAGUUGCUGCGUAUCUUUACCGACUGUCGGCAACCGGUGCAGCGGAUAUGCUUCAGUCCGGAUGGAAAGUAUCUUGCAGCGGGAGGGGAAGAGAAUCGUGUGCGCAUUUUCGAUCUAACAGCCGGUUCGCAGCUGACCGAGCUGAAAGAUCACACAGCGGCCAUUACGUGCAUCACGUGGAGCAAAGACAGCAGUCACUUCGUGUCGUCCUGUGCAGAUGGCACGAUACGAAUCUGGGACGCCAAACAAAUGUUACUUCCUUCGUCCUCCUCCUCAUCAUCGGGCGGCUCUUCCACUCUCUCCUCGUCCAACGCGGCGGCAAUGCCAGCGCGAGAACUUUCGUCCGCACCGGGACGGGGCAACAGCUUUGCGUCACUUAACAAUGGCACCUCCAAUCCAAAGAUGAACAUCACACACGCCAACCCACAGGGUCUACAGGCUUCUGGGAGUGGAAGGAGUGGUAUAGGAUUGGUGUCAUCGUCGCACCACCACCACCAUCAUCAUCAUCAUCAUCCGCAGCACAGUGGCGGCGAUAUGGGGACGACCACCACCACAACCGGGCUACCGUUAAACGCGCCACAGUCGUCGGGCUCCGGUACCGCCAAUAGCAAUAGCAAUCUCCUGCUCGCAUACUCAACCGGUUGUCGGCGAAUUUAUCGACUGCACUAUAAUAAGCUUAGUGGUGGAUUGGCGUGUCUAGGAAGUAGUUAAUGCCCCCAAAAGGGGAAAUGAGGGAGAGAAAAACAAAACCUGGAAUAAGUAUUAUUUAUUGAAACUCAGUCCUCCAAAACGAGCAGCAGGCAAACCCCGGCUUCAGAAUCUGGACGACAGUUAAAGGAUGAUGGUCUGUCUGCCGGAAAGGUUUGCAUGGACUGUGAAACGAAAAGGAACACGACAAAACGGCAGUGCGCAAUGGGACAAUUUGAUCGUUGAUCGCCGCAUCUGCACCGCACAAACACACCCUGUGUGUCGGUCGUGUGAUCAUCGUGUCGAGUCGUAGUAGAAUUUUGAAUGAAAUUAAACAAAUAAACAACUAGCAACUAAGGAAGGAUCGUCAAAUGUCA